AUGCGGGUCUUUGGGCCAGGGGCCAAUGGGCAGCUUAAAACGUUGUUCAAAAACGUUAACGAAGCCAGCAUCAAUCAUUCGCUGCUUGGACUCAUGCACGAUUCGCAAUGUUUUGCCAAAUUUAUCACCCGCUUCGAGGCUCUUUUCGCCCCAUGUUUCGUAUACCGUGCCUUUGGUGCUUCCAUCAUCCGAGAUCGGGGUAACGCUCAUUUCGAUCUGUUCCAGUUAACCUCCGGAGCGAAGGGUCAGGGUAUUUCUGACAAGAUUUCGCGGAAGCUUCCAGGGACUAGAACGAUAGAUGAUGCCAUCGAGAACAUCGCAGGCAUCUGCAUCAACCACAUUGAAGAACCAAUUCCGGGGAAACAAACGUCAAUUAUCGAUGUGUAUGAGCACGCAAUUGCAGCUGUUGUAGCAAGUGAAGUCAUGGAAGGGUACAAGCAAUUCGAGAAGUCAGUCGGAUUGUCAUACGAAACAAUCCAGUCAGAAGUUAAAAAUGAAGCUAAACUUCUGGUAGAGAUAAACGAUAUUCUGGACGAGGUCGGCAUGAUCAGGAACGUUCUGAGUGCUCAAAAGUAUUUCAUGCAACUUGAAGAGAACGCAAGCAGAGUGCAGCGCUUACUGACCACCCUUCUUAAAAUACGGCAAAGGGAAGCAGUCAUCGACGAGGCGCGGGAGAAUUCUAGACAAACACAUGUCCUGUUUAUCUUCACAGUUAUCACCGCUCUUUUCGUUCCUCUAUCAUUCACUGAACAACUAUUGGCUCUUCCAAUUCGAGAGUAUGGGGAUGAAUUCCCGGCUAUGCUGGUGGUACAAAUAGCUGUAGUGAGCAGUGCCGCCCUGAAGUCGCGCGACCGGGUGAGUGAGUGGGUGAGCGCUAGGGGUGACCGUCGCGCGACGGUUCACCCAAUCCAGCACGACUGGGUGAUCAGCCAAGCCGCCGUCGAUUCCUUCGUGUCAACUAGUUUCAGAGUCCCCACAUAA